ACAGAUUUACCUUUUAUUAAUAUGAAUAUUAUUGAAAUUACAAAUUUUAUUCGCACUACUGAUGACGCACUUACAUUUCUUCGGGAAAGAGGUAUUCUUAGAGCUUUGGAUCGACCCCCAAUUUGUCCGGUCUGUGGUCAACAAAUGGAACUUAAAAGGAGGCAAAGCACUGGAGAUGGAGAAGUUUGGCGAUGUGAACGUAGAAUUAGAGGAGCAAAGCAUAAAAGACAAGUUUCAAUUCGGCACGGGUCUUUCUUAGAGCAAAGUAAUCUCCAACCAUGGAAAUUUGUGAUGUUAGCAUAUUUCUGGGCUCGUGGAUGUUCUAAUGCUAUGUUAGAGGAAUUUUGUGAACUUUCCCCGCAUUCAGUAAUAGAUUGGUGUAACUUUUUCCGUGGGGUCACUUCUCGACACCUACUUGCAAAUCCAAUUAUGCUUGGUGGAAUCAAUAGGAUUGUUCAAAUUGACGAAUCGUUAGUAUCAAAGCGUAAAAAUAAUGUCGGACGUGUGGUAGAAGAAAAAUUGGCUUUCGGUGCGUUUGAUUGUCACACGCGGAUUGGUAUUUUGGUUUUAAUUCCAGAUAAAACUCAGGUUUAAUAUUGU